AUGGCUUUAUCAGUUGUCUACCUAAUCUCUAUUCUUUCCCUCGUUUUCAUCGUUCAUUUAGGAGAUGCUCAAUCGAUCACAUAUACUUGCCAAUUUACGGCAAAAGUCGAUCUCUGUACACAGAUAUUAAACGCCGAUCCAUCCAGCGAAGAAACCGAUACAGCAGGUCGGGCUACUGUUAUGCUUAAUGCUGCGAUGAGCGAUGCUGUGGACACAUCGAGAUACAUACUCGACGAGCUUGCUAAAACUUAUACUGACGCAAAUGCGAUUAGAGUUGUCACAGAAUGCAAUACGUUAUAUGUCAAUGCAAAGACUAGACUUGAGACAUCAAUCAGAGAUCUAUAUUCUGAUGAUAAACUUGGCGAUACACAAGAUGAAGUCAAUGCUGCUGCUGCAUGUGCUGAAAGUUGCGAAAAAUUGUUUGGCACUGCCACUCCUCCACUAGCUUAUCCUGAUGAAUUGGAACGAAGGCAGAUAAACUUUGAGGAUAUAUGUGGUGUUGCUAAUGAUAUUGUGGGAAUGCUUUUGGUUUGA